CUUGCUGCUCACAUUGCUUAUCUAUCAUGUUGAUGCCAUGGAUGAAUUCAAGGUGCGGCCCUUCGACAACACUUCUCUGCCCUGCCACUUCUCCUUUGUGGAUAGCACAGAUGGCUUGUCCUUCACCUGGGAGAGGGAAGAUAUAAAGGAAGAACAUGAAGUAGAAGAUAAAGAAUUUUACAAAUUUUUUGUUGGGCUUCAGGAUUUUUACCAAUUUUAUCCAAAGAUGAUAUACAGUUUUAGUGACAACAAGGAACAGGUGGAGGAGCGGAAUUCACUAUAUGAGGGAAGAGUCUGGGUAGAUGAGGAGGAGAUUCCUGAGGGCAGCCUGUCACUCAUGCUGGAGCAAGUUCAGUUUUCUGAUGAGGCCGUGUACAUAUGUAAGGCCAGUAAUGCAAGGGGCAGAGGAGAGAAAAAAAUGAAACUCAUUGUGGAAGAUGCUGAAGAGCCACAGGUGCAGUUCAGCACAGUCAAUGAUACACUUGUAGCAAAGUGCAUCUCAGCAGGCUGGUACCACAUGCCAAAGGUAACCUGGCGUAACCGCAAGGAAGAGGAUCUGUCCAGCUACUCCACAACCGAAAUCCUGGAAGAAAAGCGCGAUGGGUCUCAUAGGGUGGUGUCCAUCUUGAAAUACCCUGUAUUGCUCCAUGAGAUUUACACAUGUCACAUUGAAGAGGAAGACGUGCUCAACAGACCUGUUAGAUCCAUCCAUAAAGUCCCAAAGAGGAAAUACCAUAAUAUGUACAAUCACUAUUAGGAACUUCAACAGCUAGUCACAAGCCACCUGCGAAGGGAAGCUCUUACUGCUUUCAUCACAUGAAUUCUUCACUGUACGUGGAUGCAGCAGAAAGAAGGGAAAAAUACUCGACAAUAGGAUAGUAGAAACGUGAGAGGCUCUUUUCAUGCUUCUCCUCUUUGAUGAUUGAAUUAGAGACAGCAAAAACAAACCAUGUGAGA